AUGCCCAAGAGGAAGGUCAGCUCCGCUGAGGGGGUGGUGAAGGAGGAACCCAAGAGGAGACUGGAGAGGUUGUCAGCUAAACCGGCUCCUGCAAAAGUGGAAACAAAGCCAAAAAACGUGGCAUGGAAAAAAUCUUCAGACAAAAAAGUGCAAACAAAAGAGAAAAGGGGAGCAAAGGGAAAACAGGCUGAAGUGGCUAACCAAGAGACUAAAGACUUACCCGCAGAAAACGGAGGAACUAAAAACGAGGAGAGCCCAACUUCUGAUGAAGCAGGAGACAAAGAAGCCAAGUCUGAUUAA